GACCAGAACUAAGAAAACAAGUUUAGUUAGUUGGACGAGUUUGAGUUUAAAGUUUUAGCUUAAGAAAGUGUCUCGGUUUGAACUCAACAAUGUCUUCGGUCCAGAGUAUGCGACAGUUUGUCUGUGAUCGCCUUACUGUGGCCGCUCAAGAAAUACUGGGCGUCUUUGAGAGGAAAGUCGAAGAUUACGAGACAGAAAUCGCUCGUCAGCGCAGACUGUUGGAAGCCGUGUUGACGCCCGAGAUAAAGUUACACCGGACAGAGCUCUCAGAGACAUCCGUCUAUAAGGUUCUCCAGAAUCAGCAGCAGCCGCAGCCGUUCCAACCAGAUCCUCCACAGGCUAAAGAGGAGCUUGAAGAAACAUGCAUCAGUCAGGAGCAACAGCAGCUUGCACAGCCACAGGAGACUGACGACUCAAAGCUGACUCCCGUUGGUGAGAUGUGUGUCAGCAGUGAUCGCCUUCAGCCUCUGGACACUGACCAACCUCAGACUGCAGCAAAUAGAGAUCCUCAAUCCAGCACCUCAAACAGCGAUACGUUACCUGGAUCUGACAGAGAGAGUUCUUCAGGAUCAGCACCAGCUUCAGCUGCAAGUACUAGACACGUGCAAUAUAAUGAUGAGAACAUAGCAUUAACCAGUAGUACUGAGCUAACAGCCAACCAGAAACAAAACGGUGAGAGCACAACAGCAAGUUGUAAUCCAACAACGAAUAAAAAAUGUAAAAAAAACACCAAAUCAACUAGACGCACACAGCUAACAAAACCCGAUGACGGGGACACAACCUCAAACAAAAAUACUGAGAUGACACCAAAUAAGAAAAGCAACGAUGAGAACACGGCAUCAACUGGAAGUACUGACCCAACCCCAAAUAAGAAAGCUGAUGAUGAAGGCAUCGCCGCAAGCAGAAGUAAUGCAACACAAACUAAAGCCCCGACAGAAGAACACAACAAGACACGAAAGGAACCCAGUGAAAGGAAAGCCACAUUAAGAAGGAAAUGCAACAAUGAGACACCAUCAAACAGGCGCACAAAGCCAACACCAAAUAAGAAUUGUAGUAGAAAGAAGACAUCAGUUAAUAGUACCGAGCCAACCCCUGGUAAGAAUCGCAAUGGCAGGAAAGCAUCUACUGAAAGUGUUGAGUCAACACCAAAUAAGAAACACAGUGAUCGAAACACAGUGUCUACAAGAAAUAAGGAACCAACACCACGUCAGAGACAGAAGAGGGGAAGCACAACAUCAAAAGGUAGUACUGACAUUACACCAAAAAAGAGAUUUAAGGAAGCAGCAUCAACCACGAGUACAGAGCUAACACAAAGUGAGAAAUGUAGCAAUGAAAGCACAACAUCAAAUGGAAGCUUUAACGCAACACAAGACAGGAGAGAUGGGAACACGUCAAUAGGCAGCACUGGAGAUGAUGAAAACCCUUACAAGUGUGACAGGUGUGGCAAAGUGAUGUCUAAUUUCAAAAACUACAAAUUUCAUAUGAAAUCCCACACUGUUGAAAAGACUUACAAAUGUGACACUUGCGGGAAAUUGUUCAGAGAACGUUGGGAUUUGAAUAAACACGUAAUAAUUCACUCUGUUGAUAAGCCUUUCAAGUGCAACGUUUGCGGAAACGGAUUCAACCGGCGUUAUAAUCUGGACCUGCACCUUAGGGUUCACACCGGUGAAAGGCCGUACAAAUGCAACAGCUGUGAGAAACGCUUCAGCUCAUGUGAUAAUAUGAAGAAGCACAUGAGAAUUCACACAGGUGAGAAGCCUUACACAUGCAGCAACUGCGGGAAGGAGUUUGCAGAUUCUUCAGCUUUCAGAAAUCAUCUGCGAGUUCACACGGGCGAGAAGCCUUUUAAGUGUUCCUACUGCAAGAGGAAAUUUGCCACAGGGACGACUUUGAAGAGGCACACCGUAACACACACAGGGGAAAAGCCGUAUAAGUGCAGUGUGUGUGAGAAGAUGUUUGGGCACAAAUCAGACCUGAGAAGACACAUAAGGGCACAUACCGGGGAGAAGCCUUACAAAUGUAGCACUUGUGGAGAACAGUUCUCCACCUGGUCAAAACUCAACAAACACAAGAAGGUCCACGCAAAUGAUGCACAAAGCUCCUCUGCUUAAAAACGCAUGCUUUUGACAUGACGUCCUUAUGACAGAAGUAAAUGAAUUGCACUAAAAUAAAGCUGCCGCUGUAAUUUUAAGUUUUUAUUUUGUUUUUAAAGAGGUACUCCGUUGAUUUAGCAUUGCACUCCUGCAGUUUAACAACUGACAAUAAGAAAGGUAUGCAGAAGAACCGGAGGUAAUGUCUUUUUAUUAUUCUGUUUUUUACCCACACAAUGUGAACGAAACACACACACAAGCAUGCACAUGCACUAGAGACGCUGUGGCAGGGGGCUUCCCUAGAAGGAUCCGGGGGAGCUGGGAUAGAUUGGUGCCUUGCUCAGGAGCACCACGGUCAUGGUCGCAGAGGCGGGGAGGGGCCUGUCUCCUUCACCACCACCCAUAUGCAUGUAUCCAUUGUGCUUGGUCGAGGAAUGGAACCAGUGACCCUCCGAUCUCCAGGUCCAAAGUUGCACGCUUAACUUGCUGUGCCACGACCGCCCCCCAAAAAAAUUUACAUGAUUUUACAUUUCUUUUAACUUGGGCAGAUCCCUAUUUACCUAUGUACCAUUAAAGGGUAUUCACUGGACUUUAAUUUAAAAACUGGAAAAUGGUAAUGUUUUAAAACUUUUGACAAGUAGUGUAAUUAAAAUGUCUUGUUCUAAGUGCAGAGAUGGUGGCACCACAGCAGUGUCUCUGCUGUGACAGUCUGAGGCUCCUCUGCAACUAUUUUGUAUUGUCAGUGGUUAUUUGUGUGAAAUUUUAAACAGUGUUUUUUUAUUCAUGUAUUUGCAGAUAUUUUUAGACAGGUCUGUAUAGCAUUAAAACCAGUCUUGAUUUUUGCUCUGACGUUAGCCUAAUGCAAGUUUGACAGUUUCACAAAAAUAUGUCUGAUAUAGACACUUAAAUAAUAAAUAGAAAGUGAUGAAAUUACAACCCUUGUGGAAAUUGAUCUCUUGAUUCUGAAACACAUCCAUGUUUGGACCGAGAGUCAGUUGCUGUUUGGGGUAUAACUGCAUUUUAUAAAACUCUUUAAUAAAGUCGUCCCUCAUGUAAGGCUACACAGUCACUUGUUAAAUUACUUCCCUUUUAAAAAUAACUCCUGCUGCUCAUUUUUGUCAUGUCUUACAGAGACACCUUCUUGCAGCACUGAAUCAAUUCUAAUCCCAUUCUGCUAUCUAGUGGGCAUUUGUGUAAUUGCACCAUUAAAGUUUUGUAUUUUUGAAGGCUACAUGUGCAAAUUUUACACAUACAUUUACAUAUAUAUUUUUUUUUAAUUUUUGAUUUCUGGUGCAUGGUAGGGGUCCAUCAAAUCAAAAAGUCAGCCUUCUGAUGCUGCUGCUUUGAAUGUGUAACAUAAACACCCACUGGUAGGUCAAACCAUAUUAGAGAUUGCCAUAGGUAAAAUGGUAAUUCUUGUGAUUGAAACUUACCAUGUUAGGGGGCUCAUUAAUACCAGUAUGACAUGUUUUUAUUGUGUGCCUCCUGCACUGAUGUGUCAGUUUAUUAAUAUCAGUUCAGCUCCAACUGUGGAUUUGCACGCUCUUUGUUCCCAAUUCCCUCUGUAUAAACACACACUCAUGCUUUAUCUGUCUUUUCAUCUUCUCUGUUAUAUAUACAGUCAUGAUCAAAGACUUAGUCACUGCAAAAUAUGAUUUCACUGCAGAGGUUGGAGUCAGAUAUCAAAACAAACUGUAUAAGCUUGUAUAUAGUUGUAGUC